AUGUUCACAGGCGCAAACGCUAAUGGCAAGAAGUUGCCGCCUUUGGUUGUAUUUAAAGGCAAAUUUGUUUGGGAUCAGUGGAUGGCUGAACUGGUUGGUGGUGAUUACGAUUUCGAAUUAUCGUAUGCAGCCAGUACUAAAGGGUGGAUAGAAACAGACAUUUUCUAUAAUUAUAUAGAAAAAGUUCUUAUCCCAAGUCUGGGCGAGGAGCGCCCGGUUCUUAUUGUUUAUAAUGGUCACUCAACUCAUGUCCAUGUAGAGUGGCAGCGUAGAAAUGUUGGCACGAAAAUGCCAAAAAAAGUUUUCGCUCAAGCGCUGGCAGAUACUUGGAGAGAAACAAACCCCAAUAUUAUCAAAGGUGGAUUUAGAAAAGCUGGGAUUUUCCCUUUUAAUGCGCACGUGAUACCUGUGGACAAGUAUGAUCCAGAUGCAUAUAAAAGGUACCAAAAAAAGACAUUAGAAGAACAUUUUGCUUCCACACAACCGACACCAAAAAACCCGAAGUCACUACAAGAAAUUUGUAUUGGCUUGUUUAACAAUCAACUUGCAACAACAAAUGAUGCUCUUGAAAAUGCAAAUACCAAUGACGUCACCUUGCUGUAG